UAUAUAUAUAGGACGGGGAACCAGGCUUCUUUUUCGAUUAGAAGGUUGUGUAAACGCAAGUUUUGUUAGAACAAACUGAGAAUAAGCAAAGGCGGUAGGAAAGACGAAUGGCGGUUCAGUUAAGGGAUAGCCAUCUGGAUCGUCGUUGCCAUGCACAACUGAUGUGCAAACUGGCCACCGAGAUUACGGAGCAGGAGCUAAGAAACCUGAAUCAGGUCAUCAGAACAUCCGGCAUGGUUCCCAAGAAUUCCAUCGCCAGCGUAGUGGACUUCUUCGGCUUUUGGGCGAUGCUUGAAGAGCAAGCCCUUCUUAAAUGCGGCAAAUACGACGUUCUUCUGGACCUCUUUGAGAUGCUAAAUCGGAUGGACAUCGCAGCCAUCAUCAAAGCGCACAGCAAGAAGAUUGAGGAGCUCCGCCGAACCCAGAUCCGGCCCAGGGCCUCCACAAAUGACAUUGCUGAUGAAGAAGAUGACCCACUACUAGACGGCUUCGUGGUGGUUCAGAUGUUGGUCAAGUAAAAAAUGAUAUGUAAGCAGGGUUUCUGCCAGGGGGGGG